AUAUGGCGUUCAAUAGGUGUGGGGAAUGACCGGCAAUAACGGCCCCAUUAGUGACUCAUCGAACGACCGACUAUUGCGGCCAAACGCGUGGCCAUAGAGUGUAUCGUAAGCUUACGUACGGAACGUAAGGGCGAAUCGUAAGCGCGGCGUUCAGUCAACUCAAGCGUGCAGUGAAAGUGUGUCCAAACAGUCGACUCGAAAGCCUAGUAAAAGGCGGACGUAAUUGAGUGUCCAUUUCUGAGCCCAACAUUUUUGGUGCAAAACAUUUUUUUCGGCACUUUUUUGUUGUUUGUAUUGAAUUGAAUGCAAACUGUUUUGCCGUUUCCUAUGAGCUGUGGUUUGCGUUGAAACCGACGGUCGCUUUGAAUAUCUGCGACACAACUAAUCGUUGGACGAAAGCCGACCUCAAGUGUGCGGACACACGAGUAGUGGUGGUGUGAGUGAUGGCAGAGGAGGGGUAUGUCGUGCGGAUCAGAGGUCUUCCCUGGCAGUCGACUCGCGAAGAGAUUGUCUCCUUCUUCGACGGGUGUAAUAUCCGAAACGGUGUGAACGGGAUUGUCAUGACUUUGUCACGUGAGGGCCGACCCUCUGGCGAAGCGUACGUCGAGCUCGAGUCCGAAGUGGACUACAAUCUGGCGCUCGGCAUGAAUAACAAACAUCUCGGCAAUAGAUAUAUAGAAGUGUUUGGAUCGAAGAAGAAUGAAAUGGAGUACAUCUGCAGAAAACACGGCAAUGAUAUGAAUGACACCCAAACCUAUGAGGACUCGUUUGUGAGACUCCGGGGUCUGCCGUUCAGCGCCAAUAGGGAUGACAUCCUUCAGUUCUUCUCAGGGUUGGAAUUAGUGAUGGAUGGGAUGGUACUGCCGACAGACCAUACGGGUCGGAGCACAGGGGAGGCUUACAUUCAAUUUGCUUCCAGGGAUAUUGCAGACAAGGCUAUGACCAAACACAAGGAAAAAAUUGGGCACAGGUACAUUGAGAUAUUCAAAAGUUCAUUCCAAGAGUUUCGAGCCGUCAGAUCAUAUAUGGAUUCCAAGGCAUCCUUCCAUAGGGGAGCGGUAGGCGGAGGACACGGAGGAGGAGGUGGUGGCCAUCACUCGUACGGUCGCGACGGCCCAUACGGUCCCCCAUCUCCGCCAUCGUUUCCCUACCAUAAGGUGCGUUACGGACACCCCUCACGACCAGUUCCCUAUCCAAACCGAUUUCGCGGCUCUCCUUACGGUAAUGGUGGCGGUUAUGGCGGGCCUCCCAUUACGGGCGCUUCGCGCGGACCGCCCCCUCCCGGCGCCUCCAGACGUGUUUACGACUACGAAGACAUCGAUUUUAGAGGAGGUGGUCGACCGGGAUAUGGGGGUCGGUAUGCGUACGACCAGUACCCAUCACAGCCGCCACAACACAACCCGAUGCCAUAUAUGGGUCGCCAUAGCGUUCACAUGAGAGGACUGCCAUAUAAGUGUAGCGAAGGAGAGAUCUAUGAGUUCUUUUUGCCGUUGAGGCCAUUAAACGUACAAAUCCUGAUCGACGACUUGGGCCGACCAUCCGGUGAGGCGGACGUCGAGUUCGCCUCUCAUGAAGACUCCGUUAAAGCCAUGAAUAAGGAUAAGGCCUUCAUUCAGAAACGAUACAUUGAGUUGUUUUUACACUCAAAUAACAAUAACAACGGCAACAAUAAUAACAACAAUAACUUCAAAGCGGAGCCGUCGCCCGUCAAUGCGUUUAGAAACGGUGGUCCGAGUGGUGACAAUGGGAACCAUCGGAUCGGACCGAUGGGCGGCUGGAGUUCCACUGGUUUACAACAAAUCAACGAAGAGCUCAUGCGUUCCCGUGUCUAACACUUAACACUUGUUUUUCCCUUAAUUGACACAAACUUUUGUUUCUCUCCUUUUUUUAUUUGAAUACUUAUUAGUGAACUGAAUGUCAUAUAAUUUAAUAAACUUCUCAUUAAAGCUAUCAUUUAAUUUAAAAUUCUUAUGUUUGUGUUUUUCAAAUCAUUUUCACAC